AACAUACAAAGCCCGCUGUCCUGGUCUUUCCAAUAUUUUUGGAUAAAAGUAAAAGAUUUUUUUUCUGACUAAUUAAAGCUCAAGAAUUUUCUUAAAUAUUAAAAAAAGUAUUAGUUGUGGACUACUGGCAUGCACCAUACUGGUUUGCUUUUUGUAAGUCACACUAAGGUUUUUUCCCAGAAGACUAUAUUUCUUGUUAGAAUACAUAAUUAAACAUGAGAGGCUCGACUUAGCGUUUUACACCAUUGUCCGUUAGCCUCUUCAGGCAUGGGGUCUUUCCAACAUUCUUUCUAAAAUAUGACGCUUCUGACGUUGGCCAGAAGGGGGAAGACUGCGAGUACAAUCGCACAUGUUUGCUGAAGAUCUCGAUUUGUCGUGGAGAUAAGACCAAAAUGCUAGCGUGAAACACUUUAUCGUGACUUUCGGUUCCGAAACCAAAACACCUUCGUCCACACAUCUAAGCGAAUAAGACAACAUGGCAAGCUCAUCUCCGCGGUUCACAUGGUGUGCCUGUCGUAAGCACAAGAUCCCAUCCAAGGACACCCACGAGCUGUGUCUGCACUGUCUGGGCAUUCAGCACGCUAAGGAAGCCGUGCUGGAAUAUGGAAAAUGCCCUCAUUGUGCCAAAAUGGACUGGAGCAGUUGCAUCAACCGCCUUACGAAGGUGCAGGAAGUGAUGCACCGCGAGAGUCAGCAACGGAAGCACGAAGCUGCUCAGGCUGGGGCGCAGCCUAAACCCGAGACCACGACUGCACCUGUCAGCGAAGCCAAACCUGUCCAGGAUGCAGUCUGUAGUACUCAGCCUGCACCUCACCCUGUGGCGGUCACCCCUGGCCCCACAUCGUCCACCAUGCCAGUGGUGUUCACUAUUUUGUCUCCACCCCCUGUCCCUGCUGAGUCCAAUGCAAACGUGGUUAAGGGACCCUUUCUGUCCCAUGUCGCCAUUCAGCAGUCUGCAGACUCCACUCCAUCUCUGAGCUACCAGAGUUCCCACCCACUAUCCACUAGUUCUCACAAGAGAAAGCGCCUAUCCAAGUGCCACUCUCGCUGUUCGAAGCACUCCAGUAGGAACUAUGGACAUCGGAGGAGGUGCUCUUCAUCCUCUUCCUCUUCGCCUUUCUGGAGUUCCUCAGACUCCUCCUGUCUGUCUGCUCUGAGGGAGAAGCAACGGCGCAGAGAAGCACGCCGAUUUCAAAAGCCGAAGGAGCUGCACGACCGUCUGCUGCAGGUGGUGGAGCAGAAGCUGGAGGCCCAGCAGCAGGCCAUGCAGAUACAGUGGGCCUUGAUGGAGAGGCGCCUAGAAGCUCUUGAGAAGAGAGAUUCAGAGACACCAGCCUGCAGGGCCGUUCAUGCCCCUCAACCAUCCACAUCCUCUCAGGGCGAGGAACAGAGAGACUGGUCUGGAUCCACCAGCGAUGCAGUGGUAACUGGCUCCAUUCCUCUGACAAUUAUCAAACAGGAAGAGGAGGCAUCCUCAGUUUUGUUGGCAUCAAAACCAGACGCAGCUCCUGAAGCAGAGAGAGAGGGUGAGUCUUCACAUCCUGAGGGUGCUGUUUCCAAGCAAGAUAUCCUCACCGCCAAAGAGCUUCAAAACCUCAUUGCUCGGGCAGCCAAAUACUUGGCCUUAACUUUCCCCAAAACAUCCCCUAACCUGCCAGAUCCAACAAUGGCGCCUGAAUUUGAGGAGUUGGUGCAAAGCACGUGGCCCAACCCAGCCAGCUCAAAACCAUUCCGGGACGUAUGCUCAGAGAUGUACACGCUGAAUGAAAGCCAGGCUCCAGCCUAUGAACGCAUGCCACAGGUCAAUGGUUUCAUGUCUGCCAUUUUCCAAGCGGUCAAGCCCACGGAAAACAAGGAACAGGGCGUGCUCGCUGACCGCUGGCGCCUUACUGAGAUGCUGACGGAGGGCACGUACCAGACUGCAGGCAUGCUUGCCAAAACUGCCAACUACCUGCGAUACUUGUCGGACUAUCAGCAGCGACUCUUGGUGGAGAUUACUGAAGACCACCCUGCCCAGCGUUUUGUGACUGUUCUCAACGAGCUGAAGCUCAUUGGUCAGUUUAGCCAUCAGCUCUCCUCUCACCAAGCUGAACUGUCUGGAAGGGCCAUGGCUGCAUCAGUGGCCAUCAGAAGACAGGUUUGGAUGGCCAAGACUAAUUACACAGAUUCACUGAAGGCAACAGUGGCCGACCUGCCCUUCGUUGUGAGCCAGAGCGUGGGUGUCAGCUCUGGUGGUUCGAGCUCCGGUGACAACCUGUGCAAACUGGAGCAGUAAGCUUACCUGUUCUGAGAGAGGACUACAAAUACUUAAUUAUUGUGUACAGAUACAGGCAAAGCUGUGCUGUAACUGCUGUUUUUUGUCUUGUGACGCAGCUGUGUUCACUGCCUUUGGAAAUACAAGGAUUACAGUAGCAUUAUCCUGAGAUGUAACCCUUUGACACAGAAAAUGUAGGGUUUUGUAAAGAGAGACUGUACUUACACAUGGUCUCGUAUGGUGUUUUGUCUUUUCAUCAAUGUGUUUUAAAUACAUACUCUUAAAUAUUCAUAUUAGAAAUAGAUAAUUAUUUACAAAUAAAAGACAUUCAACAUUUACACAUUUAAAUCCAUGAUGUUCACAUGUUCAAGAUCUGGUCUGGCAGUAUCCUUAGCACAUUAUGUUUUCCAAAAUGGAACCAUUGUAGACCAGUCCUGAAGCUAUUACUGAAAGGCCUAUGAUAAGAAUUUAAAAUGGAUUUGUAUCAAACAUGUUCAUUGAUUUUGUCUUCUACCUCAGUGUCCCACUUCUGUAGGUCUUAAUUUUUAAGUCUUUUAACCAUUAAUAAAAAUAUGAAGUUA